AUAACCGAUUUUUGGGGUGACCACUUGUUGAAUUUUCACGUUGCCAGAUUGAGCGACAAAGGUGAAUACAAGACUUAGCUUUCAAUUAACAAUAAAUAUAGCUUUUUUUUUUACAUUUCUCACUGCAAUCUCAAAAAUUAUGAGUUCAAUCAACUACAGAGUUUUUUUUGGCUAUUUUUAUGGCGAAAAACAUUCUUUAGAACCAUUAUUAUGUAUCUUUCAAAAUGAAAAGCUUAUAUAUUUUAUAUUUGAUCAACUUCAUAUGUAUAUUUCUCUCCCAAGACAAACAUUUCUUUCACUGUGGGUGAUUUGAACCCUUCUCAUAUAUCUUCGGGGAAUAUAACACUUUCACUGCAUGAUAAUAUCGACUUGCGCGAUUGGCAAUACACAUCGCUUUCGGGGCCAGUUGAAGAAUAAUAUAACAGAAAAUUGACAAAUAAAUGCAAAUAAGUAACUCAAACAGCGGAAACAACUCAAAACCAAAGCGCAGCCACUGCUCAGGGCACGUCUCAAAGUUGGGUUUGGGCUUAUUGGCCAUGUGCCAGGCGAAGUAAAGCCAAGCCAAACGCCUAUCCAAACCGAACAAAGGCAAAUACAAACAGUGCUCAGUUACACUCAAAAUGCGUACAAAAAACGGGUAAUACGCGGUGAAAAAGCGCAGCAGUUGGAAUAAGUUCGUUGGCCAAGGCGAAGCCAAAAUUAGUGCACCCACAGGCCAGUGCCAGAGCGGAUCUUCUCUAGACUUCGAUCAUUCGACAUGCAGUUGAUCUAUUUGACGCUGGGAUUGGGUCUGAUCUUCACCACAGCCAUUCAGGCGGCCAUUAUACCACUGACCCUGAUCAAAAACGGAGUUGGAGAGAAUCAAGCGCUUCCCAUGGAUACGGAGAAGUUCGGUUACCUGGAAUUCAAGCCCAAUGGAUCACUAAUACUCAGAAGGACGCCCAAUCAGAGCGGCAAUAACAUACAGGACGUGGUGAUGCUGAGAGGAGUUCUUCAGGCUCUCAAAGUGAAUCCCUCGAAAAUGUCGGAAAUCCGUGGCGAAACGCCAUUGAGCCUAAGGAUUUAUGGAGAUGGAGUGGAACACAAGUUUCCGCCCAUACUGGAGAAUAUCAUCCAACGCAUUCAAACGUAUUUUUCGGUUUAUCGCUUUACGGAUACAAGCAAACCCGGUGGAUUGCAGCGAAUUGAACUUACUACACAGCCGGCGGAGGAUUCUCCGGAUGUAACCACAAUAAAAGCCGAGAACAAUGAUGAACUGAUAGAAGUCGGAGACCAGGACGCGUACAUUACAGUGGGUGAUGAUACAGACUAGAAAUCACGCUAUUUAUAACAUAUUUAUUCACCUAGCUAUGUAAGACGAUAAAAGUGCCGUACUUUAAAUAUUUUUUGAAAAUAUAUCACCCUCAUUCGCAAAUA